AUGGCUAGCAGUGAUAAAGCAGGAUUAUCUCCGCUGCCCUCUGAGGGAUCUCUUACUCCUGAUGUCCCGAAUAAAGGGGUCCGCGCAGCAUGCCCGCCCGCGUCGCCCGCGGCCGCCGCUGCCACCACUGCUCCUGCUGCUGGCCCUGAGCCCGGAGACGGCGCGCAGACCUGCCGGCUUCGGCGUCCUGCGGUCCCUGACGCCGCUGGCCUCCACGAUACUUUCCCCGACCGCUUCCUCUGGGCCGUGGGCAGCGCCGCCUACCAGCCCGAAGGUGGCUGGAGGCAGCACGCCAAGGGCGCGUUCAUCUGGGACACGUUCACCCAUCGGCCCCCGGGUGCCCAGUCACCUUUCCCCCCUGCCACUGGGGAUGUGGCCAGCGACGGCUACAACAAUUUCUUCCGAGACACCGAGAGGCUACGCGAGCUUGGGGUCAUCCACUGCCGCUUCUCCAUCUCGUGGGCGCGGGUGUUUCCCAAUGGCAGCGCGGGCGCCCCCAACCUCGAGGGCCGGCGCUAUGCUACUACCGGCACCUGAGGGAGAGGCUGCAGGAGCUGGGCCAACCGUGACCUGGCCGACCACUUCAGGGAUUAUGCCGAGCUCUGCUUCCGCCACUUCGGCGGCCAAGUCAAAUACUGAAUCACGGUCAACAACUCCUACGUAGUGGUCUGGCACUGCUAUGCUGCUGGGCGCCUGGCCCCGGGAGUCUGGGGCAGCCCGCGGCUCAGGUACCUGGUGGCACACAUCCUUCCUCUGGUUCAUGCCAAAAUCUGACUCUACAAUACUUCCUUUCGUCCAACUCAGGGAGGCCAGGUGUUCAUUGCCCCAGGUUCCUACUGGAGCACUCCUCAAAGAAUGACUGACCACUACAUCAAAAAAUGUCAAAAAUCUCUUGACUUUGUCCUAGGCUGGUUUGCCAAACCUGUAUUUAUUGAUGAUGAUUAUCCUGAUAACAUGAAGAGUAACCUUUCAUCUCUUCUGUCUGAUUUUACUGAAUCUGAGAAAAAGUUCAUCAAGGGAACAGCUGACUUUUUUUCACUUUCCUUUGGACCAACAUUGAGCUUUCAGCUAUUGGAGCCCCACAUGAAGUUCCACCAACUAGAAUUUCCCAGCCUGAGGCAACUCCUCUCCUGGAUUGACCUUGAAUAUAAUCAUCCUGAAAUAUUUAUUGUGGAAAGUGGCUGGUUUGUCUCAGGGACCACCAAGAAAGAUGGCACCGAAUAUAUGUAUCACCUAAAAAAGUUCAUAAUGGAAAGCUUAAAAGCCAUCAGGCUGGAUGGGGUUGAUGUCAUUGGGUACACAGCACGGGCCCUCAUGGAUGGUUUCAAAUGGCACAGAGGCUACAGCAUCCGACGUGAACUCUUUGAUGUCGACUUUUUGAGCCAGGAUAAGAAAUUGUUGCCAAAGUCUUCAGCCUUGUUCUACCAAAAGCUAAUAGAGAGCAAUGGCUUUCCUCCUUUACCUGAAAACCAACCCCUAGAAGGGACAUUUCCCUGUGACUUUGCUUGGGGAGUUGUUGACAACUACAUUCAAGUAGACACCACUGUGUCUCAGUUUAUCGACCCGAACAUUUACCUGUGGGACGUCCAUCACAGUAAGAGGCUUAUUAAAGUGGAUGGAGUUGCAGCCAAGAAGCAGAAAUCCUACUGUGUUGCUUUCACUGCCAUCUGGCCCCAGAUUGCCCUACUGCAGGAAAUGCACAUCAGGCAUUUUCACUUCUCUCUGGGUUAGGCUUUAAUCCUCCCCCUGGGUAACCUGUCCCAGGUGAACAGCACAGUCUUGCACUACUACCGCUGUGUGGUCAGUGAGCUGCUCUGUGUCAACAUCAAGCCUGGGGUAGCCCUGUGGCAGCCUGCGGCCCAGCACCACAGCCUGCCAGGUCCCCUGGCCAAGCAGGGAGCCUGGGAGAACACUUGCACCGCCCUGGCCUUUGUAGAGUACACCAGACUCUGCUUUGAAGAGCUGGGCCACCACAUCAAGUUCUAGAUCAUGAUGAACGAGCCGUACAUGCGCAACCUGACCCACCACGUGGGGCAUCACCUUCUGAAGGCUCAUGCACUCGGUUGGAGCCUGUAUGAUGAAAAGUUUAGACCCGCCCAGAAAGGUAAAAUAUCCAUAGCCUUGCAGGCUGAUUGGAUAGAACCAGCCUGCCCUUUGUUCCAAAAGGACAAGGAAGUGGCCGAGAGAGAGUGUUGGAAUUUGACAUUGGCUGGCUGGCUGGCUGAGCCCAUUUUCGGCUCUGGGGAUUAUCUACGCAUGAUGAGGGACUGGCUGAACCAAAGAAGCAAUUUUCUUCUCCCUUUUUUCACUGAAGAGGAAAAAAAGUUAAUCCAAGUUUCCUUUGACUUUUUAGCCCUAAGCCAUUACACCACCAUCCUUGUCGACUGGGAAAAAGAAGAUCCCUUAAAAUACAACUACCUAGAAGUGCAAGAAAUGACCGACAUUGCUUGGCUCAACUCCCCCAGCCAGGUGGCAGUGAUGCCCUGGGGGCUGGGCAGAGUGCUGAACUGGCUGAAGAUGAAGUACAGAGGCGAAGAUGAAGUACAGAGACCUCCCCUGUGUAUAAUUGCCAAUGGGAUCAACGAUGAUCCACACGAGCAGCAAGACAAGCUGAGGAUGUAUUACCUACAAAAUUAUGUAAAUGAAGCUCUGAAAACUUAUGUAUUGGAUGGUAUCAAUCUUUGUGGAUACUUUGCUUAUUCAUUUAAUGAUCGCUCAGCUCCAAAGUUUGGCUUUUAUCAUUAUGCUGCAAAUCUGUUUGAGCCAAAACCAUCCAUGAAAAGUUACAGGAAAAUUAUUGACAACAACAGUUUCCUGGGCCCUGAAACUCUGGGAAGGAUUUGUCCAGAAGAAUAUACCAUGUACACUGAAUGCAGCUUCUUUCACACCUGAAAGUCUUUACUGGCUUUCAUUGCUUUUCUAUUUUUUGCUUUUAUUGUUUCCCUUUCCCUUAUGUUUUACUACUCUAAGAAAGGCAGAAGAAGUUGCAAAUAG